AGAAAGGCGGAACACCGCAUCCAUUCAGCGAUUGGAUCCCUCUUCGCUUCUAUUCAUCCACCAACACUCAACCACAACAAUAGCCACAGGCUCCUCGUCCAAUCUAUUCUUAUCUAUAUACGGCUGGCCUUCGAGCUGAAAAGCUCUUCCUCGUCGCUUCUGCCGGUUUUCACAUCUGUCACUCCCAUUCCAACAUGUCCGGCUCCAAUCUCCACAACGCUCUUCUCCGCCCGCCCAUCAUCCAGAUCCUGCGCGCAGCAGGUUUCCAUGCAACGCGGCCCUCCGUUCUGGACACCCUCGCAGACCUCACCGCUCGAUACAUCAUGAUCCUCGCUUCGUCCACAACCGCUCACGCUGCAAACGCUCACCCGCACGACCCUGUUCCAGUCCUCGAAGACAUCUAUCAAGCCCUGCAAGACGCAGGCGCACUCCGGCCCCAGCUGCGCGAAUGGGAGGAAGAAUGGCAAGGGGAAGAGGAUAUGCGUGGACUGGAAGGGUUUCUGUCGUGGUUCACGGGCCCAGCGAAUCGGGAGAUUCGACGAAUCGCCGGGUUCGUACCUAGCGAAGGCGACAUGGUUGAUGCGGACGCGCUUGAAAAAGAGGACUUUCUCACAGCGCUAAAGAAGAAACACAGCAAAACCGGCGAGGAGUCCCGAUAUGCGGGAACUGUGCUUGGAAAGAGCGCCGACGAGCAUCCGGUCGUCAUCGAGGGCGGUGCGCCCACGCUUCACGAUUGGGGCUCUCAAAUGCGCUCGCGGGCGCCAUACAUGGGAGACAGCGACUCAUCCGGGGUUAGUAGUGCGCCGAGCAAUCUGUCCGAUGGCGAGGGAAUGGAUGUGUGAUGGGCCAACGAUUGAGGCUUCCAAGCGAGACCUCCCACAGCAAACAAUAGCGCCAU